GACUUGAAUGCUACAUGCCACUGGUUAUGGUUAGUUUAAUGUUUGUUUAUUUUGAUCAGGUUGAGCAAGAGCUCCAGCUCUUUUAAAUCCCCAUGUUGACAGGAUCCUGUGAUGGUGUGGUGUGGGAGAAUUUACAUUUACACUUACGGCAUUUAGCUUUUCUCCAAAGAGACCUGCAAUAAGUACAUUUGUCAGAAGAAAGAGAAACAAUAUAUCUCUGUCGGUACAGUCAGGGUGUUCAUUGAACCAAGGGCCAAGCACCAGAGGUGUUCAGUAACAAAGUACAAAUACUUUACCUUACUUAAGUAGAAAUUUCGGGUAAUUAUUUUUCAGCCAAAUUUUUACUUCUACUGCUUACAUUUUCGAAAUGAAGAAGGUACCCACCCAGUCUAGAAGGCUGAUCCAAAUUUUAGUUGCAAAAUCUGCGGAUGUCCUUGAAAAAUAUCCAGAAUAAAUAGCAAUAAUAACAUUGAUCAUGGUCGGCCUAAUAAUGUAGGCAUAUCGCAACUAAAGAGCCUUUUAUUACCCUCUAAACCCCUAUAAUGCACACUGAUUGAAGAAUAUCCACGUUUCUUCUUUCCUAGCCAAAGUUAAAGGGGAGUCACAUAUUCUGUCAGGCUGAGCUAUCGACCUGCCAAAAUAUGUAUCCCCUUGUUAUUGUACUAAAAUGCGUUCAUUUUCAAUAGGCAUAAAUACGGCUGAAUGAGUUGCAUUCCAAAAUGUUAAACUUUAACAUUUUAAUAUAAGACAAAGGGCGGGGUAGUGCACUAAAGGCCCCUGUGGCCUAAGCUUUUGUCCAUAAUGGCAUUUUUUCCCUUACAUAACUAUUACUUUUACACUCAUUUUACUUGAAUAAAAAGCUUGAGUUGAUGCUUCAACUUCUACAGAAGUAUUUUUCAACACUAAUGUACGAGUAAUUAAUGUGAACACUUUUGACAGAUUGGCCAAGCGCUAACAAUCACUCGGUUAACCCAUUCCCCGAACACAACCAAGAUAGUUAGGAAAGAUGCUACGCAAUACUUUUUUUUGUGCUACAUUUAACUUUUUAGAAUAUUCAAGAGUACUUAGGUUAUGAAAGAAAAAUGUUUGUGAGCUUCUGAAUAACUACAAGAAAAAUAAGAAAUUACCUCAGGUUCAUUGGCUCGUUUUUUUUUUUCUAAAGACUCUAGAUCAAUAAGCAGUAUCGGUUUGAGUAGUAGUGCCAUUAAAAAGAAACAAACGAUACCCAUCCGUACUACGAUAACGUGUGUGAUCAGAGCAAUGGUUGUAGUCAUUGAACAUUGCUCCUCAUGCUCCACUGGUGUGUCUCAAGGGCCCCUUGACUUUAAAAGGGGAGACAGCAGGGGAUUUAAUUUGUUCAUUAGUAAUUUGCCAUUUUGCUUUUAUUCUUGCUUCGCUAAGCUUUGAAUAAAUGGAGCCAGCCUCUUCAUGUUUUCGAGAAUUACAUGCUCGGUAUCCCGGAAGAAAGAUAUUGUGCAGUGGGUCAAGGCCAGGGUGUUUAAUGUCUUUUAAAGAUGGAAGGUUGGAAAGUAGAUAGGAAGGACGAACAUAUAGACAGUAAAAGUGACAGAUUGAUUUGCUAAUUAUUUGUAUAAGCUCUGAAAACCACACUGCGCAUGGCGUGGUCCCAAAUUAAGUCGAAGGCAACCCAUGCAUUCAAAGCCAAUGGAGGUGAGUGUUAUCAAAUGUGGAUUUGAAUACAGCCAAUAUGCAUACACGCUGGCGGGUUCAGACGGACAGCUUGUAGUUUGACACGGUAAAUGACUCCAUACUGCGUAGAAUACGAGCAUAGUAUCUGUCUCAUGGAUAGGUCGCCUGAUUGGUGGACUUCGGACCAAGGGAAAUGAGGAAGGCCCAAUGGGGAGAAAGGAAGCAGCACUCCCUGGCAGUAGUGUUGCUCCAGACCACGGUGGUGGGAUGCCGCUGUUCAAAGCCUGUCUUCUGUCUCUCCAGCUGCUGAUGGGGCCCAGCCUCGCGGUCGCCAGCGUGUUCCUCAGCUUCAGGGACUGCAGCCACUUCUUCCACAAGCGCACUCCCCCGCUCGGCGUCCACGGGGCUAGCUUAAAGAGCAUCUGCCAGCGGUUCCGGGACAAGGCGCGCUACGCUACCCUGUACGACGGCGGCCGCCGCCUGGCGCUCUACUCCGCCUACGUCUUCAAGAAGUCGGACGGACAGGGCCGGGCGGACACGCCCUGGAUGUACGAGCCGCAGUUGGUCUCAGAGGACGGCGGAGACAACAUGAGAGAGCUUCCCCUCAGUGACGACGCCCUGGCACUGGAGGACAGCCAGGCCGUGCUGGAGGACUACACCGACGCCGCGGGCUACGAGAGGGGUCCCCUGAACCCGGACCAACAUCAGGCCGAGCCCGACGACAAAUCCUCCACCUACACGCUGACCAACGUGGUGCCGCUAGCCACCGCCUUCCUGGACGCCUGCUGGAACCCCUACCUCGACACCAUCCGCCGCCGCCUCAACAACUUCUGCCACGGGAACUCCUAUGUGGUCACCGGGGCGACCGUGUCGGGGUCGGCGGCGUUGUGGCGGGAAAGGAGGGAGAGAGUGGCGAUCCCCAAACACCUGUGGCUGGCGUACUGCUGUCCGUGGUUUGACCGCAACUCGCCGCACGAGGUGAGGUUCAUGUUUCCCAGCUAUGGGAGCUACGCACUGAACCAAGCGACGGGUAACGAGGUGGUCGAGGUCACGCUCAAGGACCUGGAGAGCUUUCUGACGCACGAGACCGACGUGGACCACGACCUGGCCGUGUUUCCUAAGGGCUGCUUGGCUGAAGACCUCUUCAAACGUGGGAAAAGGCAGAAUCCAUGAGCCUGAUAGACAUCUGUCAAGAUAUACGGGAUGAGAUGGGAGCAGUAUAUAUAUAUAUAUGGUGUAUAUAAUGGACUUGAAACAGAAGAAGCGUCAAGUGUUGAAGAAGAAAAUAUAAAUCAACAUAAAUAAGUCAUUUUUUGUGUACUACGAGGGGGGGCACAGAAUGUUUUAAAGUGUACACAUUCAAAUUCUUCCAUUGUUUCAGUAAUUCAGUUGUUACUGAUUUUAUGUUUCUUUAAGUACAGCAUUGUGUUGCAUGUACGCAGACAUGUAAGGCUUCUUUAAAUGGGAUCCAAAUACUUGACAUGCAGGGAUUCAUUUUAUGUUUGUUGUAUUCACCCCUUUUCUAUUGUCAUUAUUUUCCAUUUUUUAAGUGAAGCCUUGUGACUUGAAAGAUGCUAUUCCAAUAAUUAUAAUAAAAUCAUGCAAAAUGA